AUGUACCAGAAGGAGGCUCGAAAGCACGAGAACUCCCUCAUAUGUGAGCACAUUGUCCCCAUCAAAGGGUUUGUGGAGUGUGAAGACGAUGCAUGUAACUGUGGCCUUAUUGGUAUCGUCAUGAAAUACAUGGAGAAUGGAUCUCUUUGGGACUUCCGCACUACUAAAUGGCAACAGCACCCCGACCUCUUGCCUCUGACCAACAGGAUGGUCUAUGAAAUGUCGUCUGGAAUGUAUUUUCUCCACUCAAAAAAUAUCAUCCACCGGGAUCUCAAGCUGGAGAACGUUCUAGUAGAUGGUGAUCUUCAAGUCAAGAUUGCAGAUCUUGGCCUUGCAACCAAUCUCCAAACUUCAUUUGGUGAUAGGUGUUGGGGCACAGACAGUCACAAGCCGCCAGAAGCUUUUAGAACAGACUUACCCAACUCAACUAAGAUUGUUACUCCAAAGUAUGAUGUCUACGGGUAA